UAUCUAUCAAUUAUUUUCACUCUCCGACAUCAGUUCCAAGCAAAACCAUGGUCAAAAAUCAUCAGAUAGUUCAAACCAAAGCACAAGAAAAUUUUGUGCAUAUACCAAUCAAUAUAAAGCAAGAAUCAACCACACUCAUAUAUCAUUGGCCAACCAUUAUCGUAUGCAUCAUCUUCGUCAUCACUGGUCAAUCCACAACCAAACUCCUCGAAAACUUCUACUAUAACCAACUGCAACGAAAGGACUACAACUCAAACCGCCAAAACGACGGCGUUUGGACUCAAUCUCUCCUCCAAACCGUUGGGUUCCCUCUCCUUGUCAUCCCUUUCAUCUUCUUCACCACCAAGAAACACAACCAACAACAACCUCCGAUCACCUCUGAUCGGUCCACAACAAAAGUAGUACUUUCUUUCUCAGGUUGUAUCGGAAUGCUCUUGACGGGUCAUGGAAGACUCUCCGGUAAGGGAAAGCUCGAAAGCCCCUUUAGGGUCUUCACUCUUAUCUACACAACACAACUCUUCUUCACACCUGUUUUGGCCGCCUUCAUCAACAAAAUAAAAUUUAAUAGAUGGAUCAUCAUCUCUUUGAUCUUGGCAAUCGCCACCGGAGCUCUCACUUCCUUCUCUUCCUCAUUUGGUGGCGAGCCAGACGAAACAGAGGAGGAUUACGCAAAAGGCUCAUGGCCAGCUCUGAUAUCCGGCGUUUACUUCUCUCUCAUCCUCUGUAUUAUCGAGAACGUUUUCAAACGUACCGAGUCAACCACUAGAAAACAGAGCUUCGCCUCUGUUUUCGAAGUCGUUAUCUUCUCCUCCCUCGUCGCUACGAUCAUCUCCGUCAUGGGUUUGCUGAUAUAUGGAGAGCAACACGAUUUGAAUAGGGAAAUGAAUGGAUUCUUGAAGGGGAAAGGUGCGUACGUGAUGACUCUGGUGGGUCAAGCUGUCUCGUGGCAGAUCUAUUGGGUUGGGAUCGUGGGACUCGUUUUCUCCGUUUCGAGCGUUUUAUCAAACGUCAUCACCGUCAUUACGUGGCCGAUCGUGUCGGUUCUAGUGGUGAUCUUCUUCAGCUUUAUGGACGAUGAAUUUGAUGUCUUCAAAGGUGUCGCCUUAAUCACUGCGGCCUUAAGCGCGGCCGCUUACUUCUAUAGGCUUCACAAAGAGAAUCUUAACUAAGUAACAUAGGGGAAUAUAUUUCUUGAUAUUGUUUGUGUGAGUAUGUGUGUUACUUCUAAAUGUAUAUUUUAUUUUUGAAUUGUAAGUCUUUAAGCACUCUUGUUUGAAGUACGGUAGAUGAUUCAGCUUUA